AGGAGAGAUACUGAGAGUGAAACAGCAAAACACAGAGAGAGAGAGAGAGGGAAGGAAGAGAGAAAGGGGGAGGAAAAGAGUCUGAUGACAGCUAGAGAGGCAUUCUGAUGGACUCCUCACUUUUACAAAAGCUUUGGACACUGAAUGGCUGAUUUUAUGCGCUUUUUGGUUUUUUUUUUAGUUUGCAGAGAGAUGAUCUACCAGUCUUUUCACAGAAAGGGAUUUUUUAAUAUAAUAAAUAUUUAGAUUUUUUUUUUUAUUAGCUCAACUGGAAAUAAAUUUUCGUUUGGGACAUCAUCCGACAUCAAUUGGACAAGAUGAGAGCAGCGUGGAGUGUCUUCUUUCUUCUGUGCGUCUGUCUGCAGCUGGAGUAUGUGUUUUCCACCAGUCCAGCUCGUGCCCAUGCGGAAGAAAGACUCCUGCAAUCUUUGUUCAGCAACUACAACAAGCUCUCUCGUCCGGUAGCAAACAUCUCAGAUGUGGUUCUGGUCCACUUUGGCUUGUCCAUUGCUCAGCUCAUUGAUGUGGAUGAGAAGAAUCAGAUGAUGACCACAAAUGUCUGGGUGAAGCAGGAGUGGAACGAUUACAAGCUGCGCUGGAACCCAGAGGAGUAUGAGAAUGUCACCUCCAUCAGGAUCCCCUCCGAGAUCAUCUGGAGACCGGAUAUUGUGCUCUAUAACAAUGCGGACGGAGACUUUGCGGUGACUCACUUGACUAAAGCUCAGGUGUUUUACGAUGGCUGGAUCAAAUGGAAACCUCCUGCCAUUUAUAAAAGCUCCUGCAGCAUCGAUGUCACCUUCUUUCCCUUCGACCAGCAAAACUGCAAGAUGAAAUUCGGCUCUUGGACGUACGAUCGGGCCAAGAUUGACCUGGUCAGCAUGGCCAGUGAUGUAGACCAGAUGGACUACUGGGAAAGCGGGGAGUGGGUCAUCAUAAACGCCGUUGGUACUUACAACAUCAAGAAGUAUGAGUGCUGUACAGAAAUCUACCCAGAUAUCACCUACUCCUUCAUCAUCAGACGUCUUCCUCUGUUCUACACCAUCAAUCUAAUCAUCCCCUGCUUGCUUAUAUCCUGCCUGACCGUUCUGGUCUUCUACCUUCCCUCAGAGUGUGCUGAGAAAAUCACGCUGUGCAUCUCUGUCCUCCUCUCUCUGACCGUUUUCCUCCUGCUUAUCACGGAAAUCAUCCCCUCAACCUCGCUAGUCAUCCCGCUUAUUGGCGAGUACCUCCUCUUCACCAUGAUCUUCGUCACCCUGUCUAUCAUCAUCACUGUGUUUGUGCUCAAUGUACACCACCGUUCGUCCCGCACACACAGCAUGCCACACUGGGUGCGCCAGUUUUUCCUUCACAUGGUGCCCCGUUACCUGUUCAUGAAACGUCCUCCCGCCUCAGGUAAGAGGAACUGUGGGAAACUGAUUGAGAUGAUGCACAAGCCAAUGGCAUCACAGUCCAUGUUUCUACGGAACAACAUUCUGGAUAUUUCUCCGCAAAGCCCGCUCCCUCAUUUGGACAUGGACAUGGUUGCCCAGCUGGAUCAAAUUCAGCAGGACUCUUCCCCCAAACCCAUGUUUUUCUGCAGUUCUCCCAGCAGCCAGUAUUCCAUCCUGCAAGAGGAAACUUCACAGACACCUCAAGCACAGGUCCUCGCUUUUACGUGCGCAUACACAAACAGCGUCUUUGCCUCAAGCACACCUUCAUUUCCUGAUACUAUGCUUGGUACUCUGCUGCACACUAUCCCGCAGGAUGGAGCCGAGUGUACAAACCGUGAUAUCCAAGGCCAGAGUGUUGAGAGAGUCUUCGUGGAAGCUAAAGAGAGUGUUCUGGGAGCAGGGAGUUGUCAACACUGUCUUACAUCUGAGGGGACGAGUCUACAGAAGCUUGAUCACGAUGAAGCAGGGAGGUGUACCAGACAUAACAUGCCCAGCGCUCAGAUCUCCAGCUCUAACAGUGACGGCACUACUGAUCUGAAUGCAGAGCAGCCAGGGAGCAAUCUGUCGCAGUCCCUGCUCAAGGCCCUGGAAGGAGUUCAGUACAUUGCUGACCAUCUGAGAGCAGAAGAUUCAGACUUUUCGGUGAGGGAAGACUGGAAAUAUGUUGCCAUGGUGAUUGAUAGAAUAUUCCUCUGGAUGUUUGUGCUGGUGUGCAUUCUGGGGACCGUCGGACUGUUCCUCCCACCGUGGCUGGCUGGAAUGAUCUAGAUCCUCAUGUAAAGUAUCUGAAUGGUUCUGGGUGGGUGGGGAAUGGCCUUGUCAAUCACAUUUGACUUCAGUGACCUCGUUAAACUUUCCCUGUCAUGAAAAUUAAGUGAUGUUUAUGGAGUCAAUUCAAUGCCACAUAUACUCGCAAAAGAAUUGAAGUAUUGGAAAAGAAAAUAAAGUUUUGCAAACGAAAAUGAAAGGA